AUGCAGACCCGGGCUGUGGACUUGACUAGAGUCGCUCCGCGUCGCCGGCAGGCUCGCCGCGACCAUGACCACCAGCGAGGCAACCCGGGUCGCCAGGAACGUGGCUCAGAGCGGGGUGAAGACGUAGGAGGUCGGCAGGACGCAGGUGGUCGCGACGGGAGUCACGACCACGGUGGUGACCAGCAGCAUCGCGACCACGGACGCGGUCGAGGUGGUGGUGGUCGUGUGCCGGUUGCCCCGCCGCAGUCAUUUGAGUCAGAGGUGCGUGCGUUGAUCCCGGCGGAGGGCGGAGUGUCGAAGGAGUGUCAAUUUUGUUUUCAUGACCACAUGGGUUGCACGGCUGUAACGCAGUGUACACAUACCGGGACGUGGUGUUGGGUAUGUCAGCUCAAGUUGGCACGACUGCACGACGCAGCGGACAAGAAGAAGGGACACACCACGGAACCCAAGUGCAGACACUGUCAGGAAACACUUGCGCAGGUCUUCCUUUCCCGCACACUACUCUCGUGCAUGGAACUCGGCAGCGGCGAGGCGCUCCCACGAGUCUCCGAAGCACACGCCUUCUGCUGCGAUUCACUUGUCCUCCAAGCCGUCAAGGAAGCAACUGAAUGGCGCUGCUGGGUCCCCGGAUGCAAUAGACUUCUCCUACGCACGGAAGGCGCCUGGCGCUCACAUCUCUACAGCAAACACAAAAAGAAGAUCUGUGAGACCUGCUUUCAAGCAAAGAAAAAUGAAGCCUGGCCAUUCCAACAUAGGCUUUACGAUCCCGCUGACCUUAAUAGACAUCGCAAAUACGGAGACGAACAAGGGAUCCCACACGUUCGCUGUCCCGCUUGCGGCCUCUGGUGCUUCGACGAAGAAGCCUUCUUCAACCACUGGACGAAGUCAAAUGACCACGUGGACUGCCAGUUUUGUCAACGGCAGGGAAAGACGGAUUCGGUUUUUGCUUCGUUCGAGGCAUUGCAGAAGCAUUAUUUGGAUCAACACUAUGUGUGUCCAGAGUGCACGGAGGAGUCGUUAACGGUUUUUGGGGAUCAUUUGUCGCUUGUUCGACACCAGGCUGUUGCGCACGCCCGGCACAGCCGGAGCAAGGCGGUGAUGUCGUUGGACCAGUUGCGUGAGGAGGUACCGGAGCCGGCAGUGGCGGCGACGGGCCUAAACCACAGUCCUCUGAUGGACUGGGGCAUGGCAACGCGUCUAUGGCCAGUUCCGAUGAUCGCCACUUCGGACUUGAUACUUAAUAGAUUGCGGGAGGCGGGACAACGGGAUGGUGGACAGCGUGAAACAAGUCAGACCAGCGAGAGGACGAGAGUGGCAGUCUACGACGACUUGUUCAACACGGGACUUAAUGCGCUUUGUGGUCGACCUCUAGCGGAUGAGUUCCGCACAACUUCGCUGGCUUACCUACAGGGCACGGGAGGCACGGCGAAUCAGCUACUCAGCGAGCUUGCACACUUGGUAUGGACUGGCUACUGGCAGUUCUCGGCCGCUUGGCAGAGUGCACAUGCCAUUGCUGAUAUUACAACCAGCCUUGGUGAGGUUCAAAAUCAAGUUCGAGAGAACAUUUGGGCAGACCAAAAACUCGGCGAAAAUCGAGAUAAAUAUUGGAUCAAAAUAUUGGACACAAAGAAUGGCAAGCAAUUCGUAACCAACCACUCCAUUCCUUGCGAAAUGGUCGUCUAUUUCAUCAUCCAUAUACCCGACCAGUAUAGCUCGCAGCGACUUGCCCUUGUGGACGCCCUUGUCGACGUUGCGAAACACGCCGCUGACGCCAAGAAGAAGCUAACUUUCAAGGAAAAUCGGCCCGCCGUGCAGCCACUCGCCGAACAGGAAGAGGAAGAGCAGGAAGAGGAGGAGCCGGACGCUGCACCCCGGGACGCCAAUGGCUACCGCGAGCGUGCGAUUCUGCGAACCUGUAAGACGUUGCCAGUCUCCAGUAACCUGCCAUUCGUCACCGCCGCACUCUGGGCGAUUAAGGAGUUUCUGACUCGCUGUGGCCACAACGCCGUCUCGUCACGCUGCGCCAGUGGUGCAGGAGUCGGGGGCGCAGCUUCCGAGCUCGAGGCCGCUGGUUCGAGCCCCGGCGGCCCGGAGUUCCGCGCCCUCCCACUCAAACUCGCCACCGCCAUGUCCGCUACCAGGACCAAGUUGGAGUUAGAAAAUUGCUCGAAAAUUGCACAGGAUCUCACCGACCUUGUCGCCGGCCCCGAUCUGGAGGCGUUCAUGGCGCUACGGCCGCGUUACGCGGCGCUCCGCAACCAGGAACCGCUGGCGGACUCGUCGGUGGCGGGAGGGAAUGCUCGGCCGGGCGGUCAGCCGGUUUCGAACGCACGACCGCACACGCGUACCGGGCCGCGGAGUAUGCGCGAUUUUUGGACGCUACAGGCGCGGCUUUCUCAGAAGUGGGGCGGUAUUGUGGAGCAGACGUUGCGGAAGGUGCCGGUUCAGUCUGUGUGGCUAUUGAAAGAGUACUGCCGCGUGAGCGAGCAACUUGUUCCGCAUGCGAUCGGUUGGAUCCCGGAAUUAGUUGUGGGCGUACCGGACAAGGUGUUGUCGAGUCCCACUGGGUCGCGUGCGGGGCUCGAACCGGCGACCUCGCCCGAGCCCAUCGCGCGGGGACCGCCGCCACGAUUGGACGGACCGCCGUUGGGUUCUGCGACCGGCGGCCUGGUGGGGUACAACACCUGGACCCACACCACGUUCCGCCCCUCGGCGACGGAAGAGGACUACCCCUCGCUUCCCGAAGGUCCGCCGCCCGGGCUCGCCUCGCCGUCGCCGCCUCCGCCGCGACGCACAGGCAUCAGCAUGGGCCCGUCUCGAACGGCCGCUGCCCAACCCCGAGGAGGGGGCGUCGCCGGGACUCGAACCGGCGUCCCCGCCACGUCCAGACCCGAUUGGCCCAACAGGCACACAUAUGCCGCCGAGCAAGACUGUCCUCGCUGCGGCCUCUCCGUGGACUUUGACAUCGAGGUCUGUCCCGCUUGUCGAACCCGCCUCGUCUUCACUACCGCCCAACGCGCCGAAGUACUGAAUUCGGACUACCCGUCCCUCCCAACCCAACCACCCCCCGCUCUCAAUCACAACUGGCGGCAAGGACCCCGCAAUGGCGCCCAGCGCCUAGCAAACACGUUUACCGGCCGCUCCGGCCCACCAAAAAGAUUCUAA